ACAAUGAAAAAGAGCUACUCCAAGGAAAACUGGAUCUCCUUAGUGAUACCAACAUGGUGGAUUUUGCUAUGGAUGUAUACAAAAAUCUUUAUUCUGAUGAAAUUCCACAUGAUUCAUCUGAAGUUGGAGAUAAUUUCUCCUUAUUGGAACAUUUCUUAUCAGCUUUGCGUGAGAAGAGAACAACUGUUGUUGCACAGCUGAAGCAGCUUCAAGCUGAAACUGAACCUAUUGUCAAGAUGUUUGAGGAUCCAGAGACUACAAGGCAAAUGCAGUCCACUAGGGAUGGUCGGAUGCUGUUUGACUAUUUAGCCGAGAAGCAUGGUUUCAGGCAGGAGUACCUAGAUACACUCUACAGGUAUGCAAAAUUCCAAUAUGAAUGUGGUAAUUACUCGGGAGCUGCAGAAUAUCUCUACUUCUUUAGAGUUCUGGUUCCAGCAACAGACAGAAAUGCUUUGAGUUCUCUGUGGGGAAAACUGGCAUCUGAAAUUCUGAUGCAGAAUUGGGAUGCAGCCAUGGAAGAUCUCACAAGACUGAAGGAGACAAUAGAUAAUAAUUCUGUCAGCUCUCCACUGCAGUCUCUUCAGCAAAGAACGUGGCUCAUCCACUGGUCUUUGUUUGUCUUUUUUAAUCAUCCUAAAGGGAGGGACAAUAUCAUCGACCUGUUUCUCUAUCAACCACAGUAUCUCAAUGCAAUUCAGACAAUGUGCCCACAUAUCCUCAGAUAUCUGACUACUGCAGUCAUAACAAAUAAGGAUGUUCGAAAACGUAGACAAGUGCUGAAAGAUCUAGUCAAAGUUAUUCAGCAGGAGUCCUACACAUACAGGGACCCUAUCACAGAAUUUGUGGAAUGCUUAUAUGUUAAUUUUGAUUUUGAUGGUGCACAGAAGAAGUUGAGAGAGUGUGAAACAGUGCUUGUGAAUGAUUUCUUCUUGGUGGCAUGCCUUGAGGACUUCAUUGAGAAUGCACGUCUCUUUAUAUUUGAGACUUUUUGUCGCAUCCAUCAGUGUAUCAGCAUUGGUAUGUUGGCAGAUAAACUAAAUAUGACUCCUGAAGAAGCAGAAAGAUGGAUUGUCAAUCUGAUUCGAAAUGCACGACUAGAUGCCAAAUUAGAUUCAAAGCUGGGCCAUGUAGUCAUGGGCAACAAUGCAGUCUCACCUUAUCAACAAGUGAUUGAAAAGACCAAAAGCCUGUCUUUUCGUAGUCAAAUGUUGGCUAUGAACAUUGAGAAGAAGUUGAAUCAGAGUGGUAGGUCUGAGGCACCUAACUGGGCUACUCAAGACUCUGGCUUCUAUUGAAAUACUGCUGCAGAGGGGAAAAAAAAAUCAGUUUUAAUUUGAAUAAAUAGCACAAAAAUAUAACCUUUUUGAGAAAAGGUAAUUGUGUUCCAUCUAAUGUUGUAUAAAUAAAAUUGGCUAAUUUUAACAGU